AACAGACCGGCUCCGUUUCUCCCUUCACCCGCUCCCCAAAACUAUUCUCCUUCUUUCGUUUCAUCCCGACACUGCCUCCAUUCAUCCUCUCUGUACUUUCCCCUUCCUUCCCUUCUGUACUCUGUCAUUCUGCCCCUGCACUUUUCCUCGGGCGGACAUAAAGGCAAGUCCCGUUGGAGGGAGAGGGCUUGUGUAAUCUCUGGUUGCACAUGAGCGCCGGAGAGUUAUUGCUUCCAGCUGGAAAGGCGCCGCGAACGCGCAAAGGACACACUUUGGAAUAAGGAGAGGAAAGGAGGAAUACCACAGAGACAGGGUGCAAGGGAGCAGAAGGGAGGGAGACGCAGAACGAGUUAGUUAAGAGUUGGGGUGCAGGACGCAGACCAUGACGGGCUCUGUGGUGCUGCUGCUGCUGCUGGCCCUGUUGGCCACAGGAAGUGACACCAGGAGAAUCAGGAAAAGAGGACUCAACCAUAAGGACUACGAGUACCCCAACCACCCCCAGUCCACGCAGCACCAGAAGAACGACAGGUGUCCACCGCCACCCCAGAUGCUGCCAGAGAGAGCCUGUGAGGUGCCGGGCUGCCGCUCAGACUCAGAGUGCGAGCGCCAUAAACGCUGCUGCUACAAUGGAUGCAUCUACGCCUGCCUAGAGUCUGUCCAGCCUCCACCAGUGUUGGACUGGCUGGUGCAGCCCAAGCCUCGGUGGUUAGGGGGCAACGGCUGGCUGUUGGACGGCCCGGAGGAGGUUCUGCAGGCUGAGGCCUGCAGCACAACUGAGGAUGGGGACGAGCCUCUUCACUGCCCCACGGGCUACGAGUGCCACAUCAUCAAUCCAGGAAACCCCGCCGCUGGCAUCCCAAACCGGGGACAGUGCAUCAAGCAACGCGGGAACUCUGAAGGACGUCUGAGGCACAAAUACUUCAAGGACUACAAGGACUACUUAGGUACCAGUUUGAGCAACGCAGUGGGCUACGAAAAACCUCAUCAUAAGCACCUGGGAUGAAUGAAAUCAGCCUGACCUCAGCCUCACCUACGACCAUAACACAACCUCAGACAUCAGCCCAGUCCUGUUGAAUCUGCUCUCAUCACAACUGAACCAGGAUCCUCUCUGACCUUUUUACCAGACCUCCAGCUGCUACCUCCUCUCUCAAAGCCCCCGUGGUGCAGCCUGUCCUCACAAAGUUGUUGUUUUUUUGUCUCUCUGUCUGUGGUCUGUGAGAGCAUGUAGCAGAGUUGUGCGUGAAAGAUGCUCGUAAAAUAUCUUAAAAGGAAAUAAGGAACCCAUGCUAUUUCUUUCCCAUCCUCUCCUUCCCUGCAGCUCAUUGUUAUUCUGACAAACACAUUCUCUCACCUUAAGGCUGGUCAGCAGAGAAAAUCAAGACCAUGUGGCCGUGAUAGUCAUUCUGUCUCUCUUGUUCUCAGAAGGGUGGUGCUCAAAUUUCUUGAUCUGAAAUCUGGAAAGUUUUAUACACAAAUAGGUAAAAUGCCAGCUACAGAGGUUCUCAUCUUUUAAUCAAAUCCAAAUGGGGUUUAAUGUUCAAACUUAUAACUCAAAACUAAACUAUAAAUGCCAUAUGAGUGUGUGGAUUGUGUUAGUUUUACAGGAUUUGGAGCGGCUGUAGAGUAGUUCGAGCCAACGGAUGCUGACCGGGAUUUCAUCUCCUUAAAAAGCAAAAUAUUUAAAGAGAUACUCCACUUGUGGUCGUAUAGUUAAUCUGAACAUUGGAACUCUGUACAUAUUAUAGCUGUCAUUCAUUUCCUGAAAUAAAUGUAAUACAGUGGGAUUUUUCAGACAUUUCAUAAUUUUUAAUAAUAAUACUGCCUAAUUUCAAAAUGAUGGUCUCUCUAUUGGACUUCACAUUAGCAUGUACCCUGUUGCAGUGCAGACAUGAUGACAUGUGCUUUUGCAGAGAGCAACUGGUCAAAAGAUCAAACGUAGCUUGCUUUUGUCAAACUUAGGUUGUCUCAAUUGUCAAUUCAAAUGGUGCUCAGUUUUAUAAUAAUAAUAAUAAUAACAGGAGAAUAAGCUGGUCACACGAUAAGCUGAAGGUGUCAAACAAAAAGCUGUCACCAUUCUCUAUGAGCCGAGCUAAAGUGAUGUCUGAAUGUUGCCGUCUGACUGGUGCUGCAAUGUUGCCUUGUUCAUUCUAUAUAAACCACAUUGUUGAAAUAAAUCGACAAAUCGA